UACACUCAUCCUGCAUGACAAACUGAAUGAUGAAACUGCAACAGCAAGCGAAUGAGAUACUACUUUACUCACUGGCAUCAGGACUAUAAUCACAUUUUCCAACAGCUGCUUUGUAAUACGGACACAAGACGUCAAUGGGAUACAUUUAGUUAUUUAAUCAUAUAUUAUUUUAGACCAAGGAAACUUAUUGCAAUGCAUAGAGAGACUGUUCUCAUCUAGUGUGUAACGUGAUGCAGUAGUUUCCGUAAAUGGUCCUUACUAGAUGGCGACAGUUCGGUGGUGCUGAAGCCGCACGAGGGCUGCUCGUACCUCACCCCAAACCGAUCUGAAAUCUGAAAAGACAUCUGAGGCGUUUUUACUUUUGUACUUUUGUCAAGUGACGGGACUGUACGACAAUACUGUCAUUUCCAUGCGCUCGACUUCAUUCGCGGAUACUGCGUUCUCUACAGAAGAAUGACUUCAGUGUGGAAAAGAUUGCAAAGAGUUGGCAAAAAAGCCACCAAAUUUCAGUUCGUGGCGUCGUAUCAAGAACUUGUUGUGGAAUGUACGAAGAAAUGGCAGCCAGACAAGCUGAGAGUGGUAUGGACAAGAAGGAACAGACGCAUUUGCUCCAAGCUUCAUGCAUGGCAGCCGGGUAUUAAGAAUCCAUACAGAGGAAUGGUUGUGUGGCCUGUACCUGAGAAUGUAGACAUUACUGUCACACUCUUCAGGGACCCACAUGCAGAUGAGUUUGAAGACAAAGACUGGACAUUUGUUAUUGAAAAUGAGACUGCAAAGGGUAGUCGGAAAGUUCUGGCAUCGGUUGAUUUGAACAUGAAGAAAUUUGCCAGUUUAACACACUCACAGACAGACCUCACGCUCAAAAUGAAGCCUCUGUCAGUCAAGGUGGUGGAGGUCACGCUAAAGCUCUCCUUAUCCUGCGUAUUUCUUAAGGAGGGCAAAGCUACGGACGAGGACAUGCAAAGUCUCGCCAGCUUGAUGAGUGUAAAACCAACAGAUAUCGGAAACCUAGAUGACUUUAACGAGAGUGAUGAAGAAGAGGAUAAAAGAAGUAGUACUGGCAUGCAUUUAAAUACUGCAGUUCAAGCAUCUCACCCUCUCCUUCGGUCAACACGUUCCCAAGAUAAAAGAUCUGCAUCUUUAAAGAGCCCUUCAACAAUAGUCAGUGGUAAGGAGAGGACUGCUGCUGGUAUCCUCUCAAGACCAGUGUCUGCCACUGUCUGUAACCCCGACCUACCAUCACGCCCACCAUUACCCACCCCGCCCAGCCCAUCCAUUCCCCGCACUGCGCCAUCACCCGCUCUCUCCAGACCGCCACCUCCACCGCCCCCUGCCCAGCCACAGGCCCCACCUGAAUCCCACACAGACCAUAAUGCUUCCGCUUUGUUCCCACCAGCUCUGCCCAAAAUCUUCCAUCCCUCCCCUGGCUCAGCUCCGGUGUCUUUUCCAAGAAGACUCUCAGGUUCCGAAGACCCCUUGGAGGGUCCCGUGACCUCUGACUGUCCUCUGCUCACACUCCCUCUGGCUUCUCCUUCUGAUCCCUUUCUCUCUCGCUCUUCCUCUCCCCCCACUGUGGUCCUAAUAGAUUCUUCUCGCAGCCAUUUAUUUAAGCCUAAGAUUGUCCAUAUGGCCCGACCCGUGUCCCCCACUCCUGUUGCCUGCCUCGAACAAACCUCUUUCCUUUGUCCUGCUACUGGAACAGUGCCAGUAUCUGGUCAGCUAAAUGAACAGAAGACGGGUGCUUCACCUGCUCCAUUCUGUGGCGCUCUUAAUGAACCUGUGACCACUGUUCCAUUGCUAAGCACACCAGAUCUUGAAGCUCUGUGCGGAACCUCCAGCCCCACUAAAUCGCUCAACAAGUCAUCUUCUUCCUCUUCUGCCCUCCUUUCUUACCUCAUCAGCAAAUCUCUACCUGCUUCUUCUACCCCAGUUAUUCUGUCAUCUUGCACCCCUGCUGUUGACCUGCAAGCUUCAGAUUCCCUCACAGCUUCCCCCUUCUGUUCACUUCCGCCUUCUCCUGCUCUCCCAGAGUUACCCAGGGAGCUCAAUACACUUACAGAGGAGGAUCAAACAAAUCCAUUUCUUCUGGAAUUAAUCACUGAAGGACCAAAGAACUCUGAGCCCAGCAUGGAGGAGCAUCGGUCACCUCGAACCGUCUGCAGCAUUAGCCUUGCUAAUCAACAACCUCAUGGCCCGGGGGCGGAGCCAACCAGAGCUGUCAGAAGUCUUGAGCCUGUUGCCAAACAAUCAGUUGAAGCACAGACUUUGGAAGCGUCUGAGGAACUUGACAUUGGGACUGUCCCACCUCCACACCCAUCCUUUACUCCAUCAAUACCCUCCACGUCGAUGCCUUUGGAAUCCACUUAUACAAAAGAUAAUCGGGAGGACAAUCUGCAAGAGUUUAUUGCAGAGAAACCCCCACUGGCUGAGGAAGAGCCAGAUUUCCAAGCGGAGGAUUUUGAUACGGUGUUCACAACCUCUCAGCCCAUUAAAGAUACAGUUGACAGGCAUCUUGGGAAAGAAACACUAGUUUCAAAAGAAAUUCAAGUCAUUAAAGCAGAACUUGGUCUUGAUAGUGAACUACCCAUGCAGACCAGCCUCAUUCAAACCUCAUCGAUGACUGAUAAUAACUUAGUAAAGCACCAAGAAAAAGCACAAGCAGAAUCAGCAGGGGAAGUUGAACAGGAAACAACCGGACAGAAUGUGGAGGAUGAUCUCCUUUGCGCGUACCUCAACAAGUCAGAUGAGGAUAAAAUUAUGAAACACUUUGCAUCGACUAUGGUUAUUCCAACAGAGCAAAAUAUCCCCAACAUUGAUCCCCAUCAACCAAGCACAGCGCCUCAACAGCAAGAACCUGAAGUUGAGAAAUGUUCUCCAUUGGAAAAGAAGCAGGUGGAAGAAAUCCCUGCAUCCAUGUGGGUGGAAGAAAUCCCUUUAUCCCAAAAUGAUAAUCUUGAAAAAAUUCUAGCCAUAGAGGAAAAUGUAACUGAAAUGGAUUUUACUCAGGAUGUCCCUCCAGCAUCUGAAGGACCCAGCACCAACAAGAUUAAGGACACUGCCCCUCUGGUUUUAGAUCUCUCUAAACAACAUCCUUCAAUUCAUUUCCAAAACCUGGAGUUCAAUAACUGUACCUCAGAACAAUCUACACCAGCUAGUGAACCCGAAGAAGAAGAGCCGAUGGUAGAUGAGUCUGACAGUUCAGCUUUAACACCGAAGAGUGCUGAGUCCAUCUCACUUGCCCAAGCAGAGGUUCCCAUCUGGAGUGCCUUGGAAGACAAUGUGAAAGAUCUGGAGAAUCAAGCCAGAGAUGAGGAAAUAUACAAGCACAAAACACCACAUGAAAGUCCAACAGAAGAAAAUGUAACCGAAGUGACCUCAACAAAGAAUUUAGAUGCAGGUGAAAACAAAGCAGAUAAUCAAAUCGACGAUGAGUUAAGACAACCGGAUCUCAUUUUAGAAGAUACCAUAUCCCAGCCAAGGCCUUCCAUUGAUCUUAAACCACUACCAACUGAAACUGUUGAGGAGAAGAAACACGAGGUUAACGUGAAAGUCAGCGUAGCGGUCCGCUUGAGACCUCAACUGCCUGAGAUCUCACCUGCUCCUAAGGACAACAGGACAUCACUGCAUCUGGAGGCUCUUACUCCACUGACCCCAAACCCGCCUCUGGACGUUGGGUCAGACGCAAAGGAUUUAAAGACACAAGGCACAUUUGAAACAGAGAAUCUCUUAUGGGUCACUUUAGAGGAGAAGACAAAACUGGAAGAGGAUGAAGAUGUUAGCACUGCAAAGACAAUGCCAAACAAAGGGAACUUGGAUGGGGGCCAAGUUGAACAGGAAACAUCAGAAACCAAGCAAGAGGAACCAGAAGAUUGUUCUGCCUCAUCUAUUUCACAACACAAACAAGAUCAAGAUGUUACCAGAGAAAUAGAACCUUCAACUGAAGAAGAGAAGAUCACUGUGAUUGAAAAGUCAAAUGAUGAGGUGAUGCUGCAAACUGACAGGGAGACUGUUUGGACCACUGAAGAUGAACAGAAAGCAGAAGAUGUUGGUCUGGAGACUGAAGGUGCCGCUUUAGGGGAAGAGACUGAACUUGGACUUGAGCUUGACGUAGGAACCGACACUAACUUAGAGGAACGCGUCUCCGAACAGGAAGAUGUUUCUGGAGGCAUUAUUAGGGGGAUUUUCGGUGUUCUGUACAAAGGUUAUGAGACCGUGGCUUGUAUACUUCAGCAACCAAGUUCAGCAGAAACAGAUGUACAAGACGAUGGACUUGUGGACAAUCUAGCUAAAAAUGGGGUGGAAAUUCUUCCGCCUGAGCCCUUUUGUGACACAAAAGAGUGUUCGUCUGACAGCGAUUCAAAAGAAGAUCUUAUUCAAGAUACAGAACCGAUACAAGACAUUAGUGAAAUAGAGCCUUUGGGUAUGAGCCUAGUGGACUGCCUGAAGCUUGCUGCCAGAGAAACUCAAAGCGGAGAAUACGUUGAUUUUGAUGCCGAGGGCAAGAGAAGCAACAUGAAUCAAUCCCAUAUCUUGACACCGUUAGGAGACGACAAACAUCGGAUGGAGGAAGUGAAGACUGAAUUUGAAUUUGAAGCAAACGAACAUGUGGUAUCACAGGUGGAGAAAGAUGAAGAUCAACUCAUAACCACACAGGGUAAUUUAACUUCUAAAGAAGAUAUCCAAAGCAUUAUUUAUGUGGAAAUAGAUCCUGUGCUGAAAGAAGUGGACUUUAAGGAAAUAGCAAUAGAUGAAAGUCCAGACAAAAACAAGUGUGAUGAGCGUCCGCCCAGUAAAACUGUCAGAGACCAAACGAACUCUGGCAAGACAAAAGCAGCAGAUUUAAUGCCUUUGGCACUGGAGGAGGCUAUACAGGAGGAGCUGGUAUUCGAAGUAGGUCAGGAAGACUUGGGGACGGUGUGGCUUGCCGAGCUGUAUAUGGAUGGAGGACUACAGGAACCCAUAUUAUCUCCAAUAUCACAAACAAGAGAAUUUACAGGCAUACAAAUACCGAAACCACCUCAGACUGCCUUGCCAACUGAACCACAACAAAACAUCAUAUCCAUGCAAACUUUCAAAAGCCCAAGCGAAGUUGUAAAGCUCUGUAAAGACAAGAGUAUGCAGUCAGCACCCCCAGUGCCUUUGCAGGAAGUCGGCCCUGAUGAUAUAAAUAAAGAUACUGUUUCCACAGCUGCUAACAGGCAUGCGGUUGCUCCACAAAGCACUGAAAAGGGAACAGCUCCUUUACAUUUACCCAAAAUGACAGCAACUGUGAACACGGAUGAGAUAUACGAGGAUGUUACAGAAGAGACGAGGGAAAGUAACAUCUCACCGUUUGAGGGCGCUGUUGCAGACAACGAGACUGAAACAAAUGAGACGGAAAAGGAGAGUUCUCCUGUCAUCGCCAUGGCAAUGGCUCCUUCAGAGAGCAUUCUUGCAACAGCCAUGGAGACACCUGAAGAUAUAAACAUCGAUGAGAUUGUUGUUUCCGGAAAGGACGUUUCCCCAAGGAGCUCAGUGGUUCCGUGGCCCCUCCCUUCUCCUAAAUUUGAAAGACAACAUGAGAUAGCAAAAGCCACGGAGGUCUUUAAAGAAACAGAAAGUUCUUGUCUAAAGGAUGACGAUCCGUCCGAGGAGAGCGCUCUUUUAGCAAAAUUCGUUGAAAUGGCAGAAGAGGACACCCCACAACCUCCACCUUCAGCUCCUGCUCAUCGUACAAAAAAACGUUUGAUACCCUGCGAGUCGGACUUUGACCUUCCUCCCUCUCCCCCUUUGCAACUGAAGACCACCAUUAAGUCAACCGAGCAUGAGAUACUGGCAGAUGUAGAUCAGGACGUUUGUAAAAAGACAGAGAUCUCUGGAGAUGAAGAGAUUUCUUCAGAGCAGAUCACAGUUACAUGCAAUGAGAAGACAGAUAACGUUCAGUCUCAGACUUCCUCAGUGUUACUUGAGAUCUGUAGGACUCCAGACGCUGGGUCAGAGGAUGGCCAAAAAGAACCAAAUGAUACAGAUGUUGUCAAUCUGUUGUCAAAUGUUCAAUCAAAUGAGCAUGAACAAAGUGAAACAUUGGAAUGUAUGACAGUGGAGUGCCAAGAUUCAGCAGAUGUUAUGCCUACAGAACAGAAGACUGAAAGUUUAAUCUCAGAAACAACAGGUGAACCUGAAAAAAUGGAAGAGACAGAAUUAAGUGUUGAUAAAAGUGAAGAAACUCAAAUUGAACAGGAGAGCCCAUCUCCAAUGCAAAAUAAAUUAUCUGAUUCACCUCAGAAAAAGGAAUCCCAUAUUAUAACCCCAGAGGCUAAAAGCGAGACUCCAUCUAAGCGCCCAGACCACGUGCAUGUGAACGGCCAGACCGCUGUAGAAACACCCAAAAAACUUGUGGCUCCAACGCGGAUCAAAAAGAAAAUUCCAGUCCCGAUGGACCUCACCGGAGUAAAGGCAAUAGAUGAAUCGAAUAAAGAUGGUUCAGCAGGAUUUGCUUGGGAAUUUGCCAAUCCACUGCCAAGUCCUGGUCUGGUGACCUCCAGUCUGUCUUUGUUGGAAUGGUGUCAGGAGAUCACUAAGAACUAUAAAGGAAUAAAAAUUACAAACUUCAGCACUUCCUGGCGUAACGGCAUGGGGUUCUGUGCUAUUCUGCAUCACUUCCACCCUGAACUAAUUGACUUUAAAGCAUUAGAGCCUCACAACAUAAAGCAAAACAACAAAAAAGCAUUCGAUGGUUUUGCAUCAUUGGGAAUCUCCCGUCUCCUGGAGCCUUCGGACAUGGUGCUCCUCUCCGUCCCAGAUCGAUUGAUCGUCAUGACGUACCUUUGCCAAAUCCGCACACACUUCACUGGGCAGGAUCUGAGCGUGCUGCAGAUUGAACAGAACAACAGUCAAUCCAGCUAUGCGGUGGCUGAACCCAACCAUGGGCCUGAUGCGCAUGUGGCAGCUAAAUUCUGUGCCGAUAGGCUGCAGGCUGGAGCUCUGUCUAGAGAGAGUAACAACAGGGAUCGGCAUGGAGAGGAUGAAACAGAAACUGUUGCAAAACCUAACGGAGGUCUUGUUCCUCCACCCCGCACUAAGCGUUCAGGAAGGAUGGAUGAGAAGAGUAGUAAGGAGGCAUCAGUGAGGGAUACUCCAGUGGCCCCUCCUCGGUCCGCGGCGGGUUCUAAAGGCUUGGCGCACCUACGGGACGCAGAUCUGGUCAAGAAGCGCCGUUCACGGUUAAGGAGCGAAUCCUUAGAUGAGAUUGAUUCAAAAGAGAUAGGUGAUGGUGAACCGACAGAUGAAGCAACAAAAGCUGCAAGAGAAAGUGAUGAACCCAACGAAGUAACCAAGGAUGGCAAACCAGCAGAGAAAGACACAAUGCGCCUGCAGGACACAAAUCAGUAUGUACUGAGUGAACUUCAAGCCCUGGAAACAGAACAGAAGCACAUAGACAGCAGAGCUGCCAUCGCAGAGAAGAGGCUCAGAAAACUCAUGGAGACGGGAAGUAAUAAAGAUGAAGAGGAGAAUCUGAUUCAGGAGUGGUUCACUUUGGUCAACAAGAAGAACGCUUUGAUCAGAAGACAAGACCAUCUGGAGCUGCUGUAUGAAGAGCAGGAUUUAGAAAGAAGAUUUGAACUGCUUAACAGAGAGCUCAGAGCUAUGAUGGCUAUCGAAGACUGGCAGAAGACACAGGCCCAGCAGCACAGAGAACAGUUAUUGCUGCAAGAGCUGGUUUCUCUUGUCAAUAAGCGUGAUGAGCUGGUCAGAGACAUGGAUGCCAAAGAAAGAGGGGCUGUGGAGGAGGACGAGAGACUGGAACGAGGUCUAGAAGAAAGAAGGAGAAAAUUCAGCAAUAGGGAAAAGUGUGUUCUUCAAUAAUGCACAAACUAGAAUGUAUAACAAAACUGUGGCUCACUGCUUCACACACUGCACACCGAGGACUACUUUUUGACUUUUAAAUCUUUAAAAACACCAGAAUAUUAGUGUGCCUUGUUUUAACUUUUCAAGACUUUUUGCUUGAAGAUUUCGUGGGAAAGGCUUUCACGUUCAUGAACAUGUGUCUUGUAUCAUUGACGAUCAUCAGUGAAGUUUUUUUUGUGAUUGUUAUAAAGUUUAUAUAAAGUUUUGUGUCUAAAUGUUUAUGUCGGUCAUUGUAUUCUAUUACCUGCAAAUUGUAUUAUCUGAUGUGGUUUAUCAGACAACAUCUGCUUAGGUGUCCAGUGUCUCCAAAUAAUUGUAUUCAUAUCCUUUUUGCAUUGCAGUGCCUUUAUUAAGGGUGUAAUACCUUAUGACAAUGGGCUUUUUAUAUAGCAAAGCCGUUCUUUAUUUUUAGUUUUAAAUCCAAAACUAACAAGAAUGAAAAUAUUUAUGGGUUGUUUUAUAGAUACACAAAAGGUAUUUUGUCUCUGUGUAGUCCUUUUGAUAUUUAAAGUGUUAUUCAUUCCUAUUUUAAGAUAUGGGAUGUUUAUUCAAUAAAAUUGAGGCUGUUUGAAGUGUUUA